GUCCCUUGGUUUCACCCCCUACCCACCUCCAAGCAUCGUCCCUUGGUUCCAUCCCCUACCCACCUCCGAGCACCGUCCCUUGCACUGUCCCUUGGUUCCACCCCCUACCCACCUCCAAUCAUCGUCCCUUGGUUCCAUCCCCUACCCACCUCUUUGAGCACCGUCCCUUGGAUCCAUCCCCUACCCACCUCCAAUCAUCGUCCCUUGGUUCCAUCCCCUACCCACCUCUUUGAGCACCGUCCCUUGGUUCCAUCCCCUAUCCACCUCCAAGCAUUGUCCCUUGGUUCCACCUCCGAGCACCGUCCCUUGGUUCCAUCCCCUACCCACCUCUGAGCUCCGCUCCUUGGUUCCAUCCCCUACCCACCUCCGAGCACUGUCCCUUGGUUCCACCCCUACCCACCUCCAAUCAUCGUCCCUUGGUUCCAUCCCCUACCCACCUCUUUGAGCACC